UUCAUGUAAUUUUGCUGAUAAUUUUUGUUCUUUUCAUAAUGUACCCUGAUUGGUUCAGAAGAAAUUUUAUCUACAUUUUAUACUUCAUGAUAAUAGUCACAACAAUAAAAUACAUAUACGUACUCUUAGAACCUGAGUUUAAUCAAAAUCCCGCCGUAAAGAGGUGGUUUAGAGUUCUGGGACUUAAUGCUGAUAUUGAAGAAGAUAGAAUAUAUGGGAGAAACAACCUGUUCAACAAUAAUUAUCUAAUUAUUCUUCUUGGAUAUAUUCAAUACACCAUAUAUACAAGUGACUACUCUAAGGAUGCUUUCUCACCAGAGCAAGCAGAGAAGGAUAAAAAGACCUUUGCAAUUAGAUUUCCACGUUUAACCACAUUUCUAGUUAUUGCAGUAGAGAGUAUUAGAAUGAUGAUUCCAUGGAUUACAUAUCUAGUGUUUCUUAUUAUCAAUAUUAUCAAUACCAAGAAUCUCAUCAACUUUGUUCUACUUGUGCUAAGCCUGAUCCUUCUAUUUUGGCAUAUUUCUGCUGACCUCAUCACAAAAGUUAGCCAUAGAAGACUUACUAAUGGUUGGAGGUGUUUUACAUUUGUUGCAGCCUUCUUCUUCUUUAUUAUUCUCUUCUUUCAGCUUGGUUCUAUUGAAGAAAUCGCAGAACUUGAAUCCACUCAAAAUUUAAUCAACUGGCUUCCAGUUCUUAUCAAAGAAAAUCAUGAUAUCAUUGGUCUUGAGAGUUACCUUGGAUUAACAAAGUUUCAAUUAAUGGUUAAAUUCCUUGCAUAUGUUGCUUAUUUCAACCUCUCAGUCAUUACUCAAAGGCAAUUGGAGAGAAGUGCAGACAGAGUCAAAGCUUAUGAAGAUAAAAGAAAAAACAAUGUACAAGCCCUAGAAAGUGAAAGCUCCUCUGGAGGUUCUGGUGAGAUCAUGAAGGUUAAAUUCAGUCUGGUAUAUGUGGUUCAUAAGGUUCAAAUUCUUUGGCCAGCAUUUACUACUAUUUCAUGGAAUACUUUCACGUUGCUAGCAUUGACUAUUUCUGCACUUGCUAUUCACUGGAGACUUUCAGUUGCAAGUCUGAUUUAUCUGUUCAUGUUGAUGAUAUACUACAUUCUCACACCUUUCUUCUUGCAACCUAACCUUAAAGACUCUGGAUUGAAGCACAAAGGAGGACUUACAGUUAAAGAAAUUAAAGAGUUAUGGGCUAUAGAGGAUAAGAAGGCUAAACAAAAGGUUACAAGUCUUAGAAAUCAAUUUGUAGUGUUUAUUGCCUUCUUUACCAUUAUUUGUAUGGGAAUUCUCCACUUAAGUGCUAACCUCACUAUCCUUGCAGAUCGAUACAGAGAGAGUAGUGGAGAACUCUGGGAAUCUCUUACCUUUAUCACAUUCUGGGCAGGAGUAAACUACACUAGAAUGUUUGGAGGAAACUCCUAUUUUGAAGAAAUAUGGGGAUAUAUAUUAAUCCUCUUGUUCUGUGUUAUCGAAAGAAAAGCCCAAAUUUGGUUGACCAGCAAAUUUGGCUAUGAGGGAUCAAUCUAUGAAAGCUAUCCAGGAAUAAUUAAACUUGAAGACUAUAAAGGAGAGGAAAACAUACCCAAGAAAAUAAGCGAAAUUAUCUCAACACCUCUUGAAGAAAUAAAGGAGGAAGAUGAGUUUUUAAGAGAGUCGUUAAUGAAAUCUUCUGGAAAUGUAGAUAAAAACAAUGAUCCGGAUGAUAAAGAACUCACACCUGAACAAUUAUUUGAGAAAGAGAAAGCUGAAAGAGUCAGAGGGAUUUUAACACUAGAGUACAAAUUAUUUAUAGCAAAAAGCUUCAGAGUUAUCAUUUUUGUGAUAGUAAUUUUAAUGGCCUUGCUCAGCUCAUUCCACAAAUCUAACGUCUGGGGGAUCAUAAUGCUAUUUUUCACUGCAAUAUUUUCUUUCUCAAGUAUCAAAUUCAAGAACUUGAAAUGGUUUACAAUCUGAAUGUCUAUUUUGUUACUUCUUCAGUAUGUAUCUGUCUUAUUGAACAUGAGUUAUGAAACAAGAACUUCGAUUUUCCCAGAUCCUUUCCAAGAUGUAAUGCAUCCGAGGCCCAUUCCAAUUCCAAUCUAUAGACAAUUUGGCUCCCCUAUAACUAUUAUGGAUGUUGUACCUGAGCAAGGAGCUAUAAUACCAGUUCCACAGGGAUGGGCUUUCUUCCUUGGAUUCAUAAUUUCAAGAGCUAGAUUUAAUAAUCUUUGGACUGAUUUGAUCGUUGUAUUUUUGAUGAACUAUUUUUUCAUUUACUUCUACAGUGUAUCUUAUGAACUUGACAUGAGUUUGAACACAAAGAAAGCAGUAGCUAGAAGUAUCAACGAUAUUAAUGAAGAUGUUGGAAACUCUGUCACUAAUUCUCUUAAAAAAUCUCUUUCAAAUAAAGAAGAGUCUAAAACUCAAGAUUUUGAUUCAUUGAAAGAAAUUGUUGAGAAAUCAAAGAAAAACAUGAAUUAUUAUGAAGCUCAAAAAUAUAUAGACAAAGUGAGAAGCCAAAUGCUCUUAGCAAAAUUUUAUGAUGGAGUCUCUACAGCCAUAUGAGCCACAUCUUCGAUUAUUUCUUUGAUAUGCUUGCUGAUGAUUGCGUUCCAAAUCGAAGGUCUGAUUAACCUGUUUUACAUUAUAUUCUGUCUCUGGUAUCUCACAAAAGCAGUGAAUUUUGUUUUCCAAAAGAACUGGACUUUCACUAAGUACCUAUCAAUUGUUCUGAAGUAUGUUGUCAUUCUUGAGCUAAUUUUCCAACUUGCAUUCCAAGUUCCUGUAGCAUGGCUCCACCCAGAAAAUUUUGGAAAUCAAACAGGCAGUCCUGUUCUUAGUUGGCAAAAGAUCAUUGGACUCAUCUCUAUCUGGAGGAUAAAUCCUUUGACAGGUCUCCCUGAAAAUACGAAUAUCACCAAUUUAGUGCUGAAGUGUUUAAUGUAUGCGUUUAUUAUCCUUCAAGAGAACAUUUUUUUGAGUGAAGAGUACGAAUAUUUUAUAAAGAAAACACUCUCAAAUAUCAGAUCAUUUUCGGAUAGAAAGACAGAGUCAAUGGCUUAUCUCUAUAACAAUAAGAAGCUUAAGAUCACUGUAAAAAACCAGUUCGAGAAGGACAAGAUGAUGAGGAAACUAGUCAUGGUCAACAGACAAGUCAAGAAAUGGAAUGACACAGUCUUCAGUAAAUCAACUAAUAGGAAAGAGCUCGAAGAGGAAACUAGAAGAGAACUCGCUCCUAAAGAAGAAACCAAGAACCAAAAGAUUCAUGAAGUAGAUGAAAGGCUUGAAGAAGACAGAGUUAAUUCAGGCGCCUUAGAAUCUCCCUCCAGAAGUCAGACUUUAAAUAUGGAAGAAGCUAAAAAGCAAACAGAAGAAAGUAAGAAGAGAGAUAUAGAAAAGACUAAAGAAGAGAAGAGGAAAUCAAUGACCAAAUCUCAACUCAUUAAAUCUCUGGUUAAAGAAAAAUGUAACAUUGUCUGGAAGGUUAUGAUAUUUAUUACCCGUCAUUGAACCAAUCAGAUCUUGCUCAUCUUCAGCUUUGACAAACUAAAUGAGAUUUUUGAAGAAGUCAAAACUGGUGAAACCCGUGUCUAUACAGAGAUAGAAGAGAAAUUAUACAAAGAUUACAAGGCAAAUGAGAAAAUAAGAGAGGAACAAAAACUUGAACUUAUUGAAGAUAUUGAUCAAAGUGAAAGACAUAGAGACUCUGAGAAAACAAUGAAGCCAAUGAGAUGACUUUUCUCUGCCUAUAUUUUACUGCUGAAUAUUAUUCUGUCAAACACAGAAUUCUUCUGAUAUCUUAUGAUGCUAGUAUGCAUGAUUAUGAAUGGCAGUCUCUUGAGUCUUGUUUACCCUAUGUCUAUGUUCAUUUACGCAUUGUUAGAAGAGAAACGACCAAGAAAGAGUUACUGGAUAUUUAUUCUCAACUUUACAGCUGCUGUUUUAAUUGCAAAAUUCCUGCUACAAACAUAUCCAUUCUCAAGAUGGGUCACAGCAGAGUUUGUUCCUUCAACACGUGAAGCUGUGUCGCCAAUACUAAACUCUGUAAACGAUUGGCUGAUGGCCUUUAGAGUUGGAAUAGAGAAUCUUGAUGCCAGUGGAAGGAACUUCGUCAGAUUCUUCUUGUUUGAAUCACUGAUCUUACUAGCGGUCACUUUACAUAUUCUGAUUCUCAUAUUUGGAGGUGUUUGGUCACAAAGGGAAAUUGAGGCUGAGUCUAUUGGAGCUGCUGCAAAUAGGAUUUCUAGUGAUAAGGCUUCAAAAAGGAAAAAUAAAAAAUUAGUAAGAGAGAAAGCAGCUAUUCAAAAGGAAGAAAAUACCGACUCAUUUGGAACAGAUUCUUUCUAUGAUAGUGACAGCGAUAGUUUCAUUGAUGAUAAUAUUGGCAAAUCAGUUCUCCCCGAAGAAUAUAAAAGCAUGACACGUAAAAGAGCUUUUUCAUUGAACGAUUGCACAAGAUUAUGAGAGGUUGCUCAUGAAAUAAAUGAGUAUCAGCAGAUAGACCCAGAUAUCCUUGAGGAUAGAAUUGAAGAAUGGAAGGAAAUAGAGAAAGAGUUUGCAUAUGGAGGCACUAAAUUUGAAGAUGAUGAAGAUAUCAAUUACAAAGACCAGCUUUUGAAAGACAUGAACAAAUAUACCCAUUCAGAAUUCCAGAAAGAAUAUAAAAGAGAUAUACAGACCAUUAAGAAUAAAUGGGCACUCAAUAAAAACAAUCUCAUUGAAAUUAAGUGCUUUGAAGAAUCUGAAAGGUGAAUGACAUCUUAUAAGUACAAAGAACCAACCUUUGAAGAAUGCAAAAAUUUUAUUAUUAAGAACAAGGCAGGAAAUAAUAAAUUUGCUGAACUAUUUAUGAAGAUAAAACUAGCGCUGACGAGAAGUAACUAUUUUGAGAGCUUAUUCCCUACAAUAAAAGAGCAGAAACCAGGUUUUGAUUUGUAUGCCCCAAUGGUUGUUUUCCAAGUUCUAGUGAUUCUUUUCAUGAUUUUCUUCUUUACAAGAAUGAACCCUGAUUAUUCAGCUAUUUCUGUGGAAACUCUUGCCCCAAGAACCUUCAGUAAUGCAAUGGUGCUUGCUGUGUUUGUCCAAAUCAUGAUCAUUGUACUAGACAGAUAUUUAUAUCUCUCAAGAGAUUAUGUUGUUAUUGAUGAAGUUGAAAUUGAAGAAUAUGAUGAUGAAGAAGAAGAUGAUGUGGGAAGAACAGAGUCAAUCUCUCAAUUUGAUAGAAGCAACUCGUUUGAUUUGAGAUCUUCAUCAGCAAAUAAGCUUUUGGCUAAAGGAAUGAAGAAUAAAAUGAGUAUGAAAUACAAAGGCAAAGCUCAUGAGAAUAAAAAUCUUGAUGAAGAGACUGAAACUGAUCAAGAAGAGGACGGUGGAGAUGAUAGUGGUGUUCAACUAUCAAAGACUAAAUUCAAUCAGACUUUAUUGCUCAAGUACUAUCUUCAAUUGUUCUUGCUCUUACUUGUCCAUGCUAUUGUGUUCUGGGCUUUCCCUAUAUCAGCUAAUAUUGACAUAAUGACAACUCCAUUCUGCCAGUUCAAAGACGAGGCAGGCUCUCAAUGUAAUGAAGUAUUUAUGAAUUGGUCAUUGGUUGUAUUUUAUUUGCUCUAUUGUGCAUAUUUCUUUGUUUCUGCUUUACAAAUUAGGUAUGGACUCCCAGAAUUAAGAAAAGGAAACUUCUCAAUGGGAGGAUACACUCCGAUCAAUAAAUCAAUGUUCAUAGGAUUCAUGUCUGCUCCAUUUAUGUUCGAGCUCAAGAUUAUUGCUGACUGGACCUUUACUAGGACAGCUUUAGAUUUAUUCCAGUGGAUUAAAUUUGAGAGUGUCUAUGGAGACUUAUUCAUCGCUAAAUGCACAAACAAACCAUAUAUUGAUCAUCCUCUUGGACAAAAAAUUCCUGGAUUUAUGAAAAUGGUGAUGGGGUGUGGAGGUCUAGUCGGACUGAUAUUAGUAAUUGCAGGUCCACUGCUUUUGUUCUCAGCUCUGAACCCUCUAGCAAAUGAUAAUCCUGUUUUAGGAGCAAGUCUUACUUUAAACAUUAUUGCAAAUCUUACAAAUGAAGAACAAGGUCCUGCAAAUACCUAUCAGUUAUUCCGUACAGACCGUUUUAUUACAGUUGAGCCAAUUGGAGAUGCAAACUUUCAAAAUAUCAGCGGAAUCAGAGCAGUCAGGAAUCUUGAUAGGAGCCAAUUCCAACAAGUUCAAUUAUCAAAUGUUGCUGACACAGUAUGGUCUAUUUCUCCCCCAGCACGAGAAGAGGUCUUCCAAAGAAUUAAAGAAGCUCGGGAAAACUUAAACUCUCUCCCAAUAAACCUUGAACUUAAAUAUGCUUUUGAUAGGGCCGAACCAGCUGAGCAGCAAGUAAUCGACAAAGCUCUCCCUAUAGUCAAUAUUUUAGACAAAAAUGUUGUUGGAAAAGAUGAUAUCCAAGAAAAACUUUUCAGAGCUCUAGACCCAGAUUUGCCUUGAGAAGGAAAUGAACUUCUAGAAUUUACAAUGAAGAAUUGGUUUAUCCCAACAGUUAGACUUCCAGCAACUAUAAAGCCCAAACUGAUCAAAGCUUUUGAACUAAGUCAGAAUAUUUAUAUUAGGAGAAGAUGUACAGAGAAUAAAAACACUCAAAUUACUUCUUUUUGGUGGGAGAUAGACCAAAAUAGAUUCUCACCUCAAGGCCCUAUUUCCCAAACAGAAGAGAAUAAGCAAGGGGUUGUCUUCUUUACUUGGUCAGAACGAGUAACUGGAUCACUUGCAUCCUUUAGUAUUGUUACCUUCUACGUAGUGGUAGUGCUUGGUAUUGGCAGAAUGAUCAGAGAUGUGAUAAAAGUAGGAUCUGAGCAAAUCUUUAUCAAAGAUAUGCCUAAGCCAGAUAGCCUGAUGCUUAUCUGAGAAGGUAUCCUUAUCUCUCGUCUGGAAAACAAUCUAGAGCGAGAAGAGCAGCUUUAUUAUAUUCUGAUAGACAUAAUGAGGUCUCCGGAGAUUAUAAAGAUGAUAACAACUUCUUCUCUAAAGAAGAAAGAGACACAGGCAAUUGAAGAUCAAAAUCCAGAAUAAAACAUAAUAAUUCAGUUGUACA